UUUUACUGAAUAAGAGGAGGAUACAACACAACAUGUAAUAUUUGCUGACGGGAAACUGAGAGCACAGACUCAAUUUGAGCUGUUUUGUUGUUGAACGAGGUAUUAAAAGCGAGUAAUGUAGGGCGGAUGGUGUAUCGUAAAAGUACUAGCAGCUUGCUAGCGCUUCAUGUGUUUGUAUGUGUAUGUGUGUGUGUGUGUGUGAACCCGGGACGUGCAGAGCCCUUUUUUUUACUCAAUAUCACUCCACGAAAGAAAAGUGCAGGCAAAUUUGCUCGGCUAAGCAAAUAUCAAAAGUCACUGGCUUGGAUUUUGGCUCGUUUUAUGAGCAAGAAGAGAAGAGAGGAGCAGUAAACUUGACUCAGGAAUGACGGACAUCGCUGCAGUGCCGCCAAAUUCAUACAGGUCUGAUUGAGCAGAGCAGUAAGCAAGUCAGUGCAUCGGCGCUCAGACGGAAUGAUCCAGCAGGGUGAAUAGGAGGAGGAAGAAGGGGGGAGAGGAUGGGUGUGAAUGCCUCCAGCUACCCUCACUCGUGCUCCCCUCGAUUUGGGGGAAACCCACAGACCCAGCAGACCUUCAUAGGCGCCUCCUAUGCACCACAGGGUUAUGGCGGAGAGUCCAAGCUCUACAGCCUAGAACAUGGCCCUGAAAAACCUCAGGACAAGAAGAAAAAGAGCUCUGGUUUGGCCACACUCAAGAGGAGAUUUAUUAAACGACGCAAGUCGAGUCGGUCGGCAGAUCAUGCACGGCAGAUGCGAGAGCUCCUCUCCGGGUGGGACGUACGUGAUGUCAACGCUCUGGUGGAGGAGUAUGAGGGCACAGCAGCUCUCAAAGAGCUCAGUCUGCAGGCGGGCCUGGCCCGACCUGAAGCUCGAACCCUACAGCGUGAUUUGGCUACCCUUUAUCAGCACAAGUACUGCACUGACGUGGACCUGAUCUUCCAGGAUUCCUGCUUCCCAGCACACCGGGCCAUUCUGGCCACCCGCUGCCCGUUCUUCAAAACCCUGCUUUCGUCAUCACCAGGUUAUGGGGCAGAGGUGUUGUUAGAUGUUGGGACCGCAGGCAUGGAUGCACCCAUGUUCUCCUCUUUGCUGCAUUACCUCUAUACAGGUGAGCUGGGCUCCGAUGAUGCAAGGUUGCAGAACGUGGAUGUGCUGGUGAGACUGAGUGAGGAGUUUGGUACGCCCAACUCCUUAGAAGCUGACAUGCGAAAUCUCUGUGAGCACAUGCCCUAUUUUGACUCGCUGCUGAGCUUCUCCUCGGAUUCAGAGUUGGUGGAGGCUUUCGGGGCAGGUGGACCUGCUCCUAGCAGUAUGGGAGGUGGAAACAUAGGGGCGAGCCAUGGCUCACCUGAUGAGGAGCUGAGAGCCCACAAAGCCGUACUUUCGGCACGCUCGCCCUUCUUUCGCAACCUGCUGCAACGACGCAUUCGCUCGGGUGAGGAGAUCACAGAGCGAACUCUGCACACCCCCACCCGAAUCAUCCUUGAUGAAUCCAUCAUUCCCAAGAAAUAUGCCCGUGUGGUCUUGCACUGCAUGUAUACAGAUGCGGUGGACCUUUCUCUGGUGCUGCGCGGGAGCCCUUCUGAAGGCAGUCUGGGGGAAGUUCAGGCACUGGUGGCUGGAAGAGGAUGCAUGAGCCGGGCUGAAGAGGCCAUGGAGCUCUACCACAUCGCUCUCUUCUUGGAGUUUAGUAUGCUAGCUCAGGGCUGUGAAGACAUUGUGGCAGACAGCAUCUCUCUGGACUCGGUGGUGGCCAUCCUGAAGUGGAGCUCACAGCCCUAUGGGUCUAAAUGGGUUCAUCGGCAGGCCAUGCACUUUCUGUGCGAGGAGUUCAGCCAGGUCAUGACCUCUGACGUCCUCUACGAGCUGAGCAAGGAGCACCUACUGGCGGCCAUUCAGUCUGACUACCUGCAGGCCAGUGAGCAGGACAUCCUGAAGUAUGUUGUUAAGUGGGGCGAACACCAACUCAUCAAGAGGAUGGCUGAUAGAGAGCCUAACCUGUUAAGUGGUACUGCACAUAGUGUGAAUAAACGUGGCGUGAAAAGAAGGGAUCUGGACCUGGAAGAGCUUAAAGAGAUUCUCUCUCCGCUGCUGCCUUUCGUCCGAACCGAGCACAUAUUACCUGCCAACAGUGAGGUUCUCUCUGACACGAUGAAGAGAGGUCUGAUUAGCACCCCUCCAUCUGACAUGCUGCCCACAGCAGAGGGAGGCAAAGCCAACGCCUGGCUCCGGCAGAAGAGUGCUGGCAUUUAUGUGCGCCCACGCCUCUUCUCUCCUUAUGUGGAGGAGGCCAAGGCGGUUCUUGAGGAGAUGAUGGUUGAGCAGACCGAUCUGGUUCGGCUGCGCAUGGUUCGUAUGUCCAACGUGCCCGACACACUGUACAUGGUGAACAAUGCCGUCCCCCAGUGUUGUCACAUGAUCAACCACCAGCAAAUGGCUGGCAGCCAAUCAGCUCCGCCGUCUGUGGUUGCUAAUGAGAUACCAGUGCCCAGGUUGGCAGUAGUAAAGGAAAUGAUCCGUAGGCUACAGGAGCUGCGUCACACAGAUCAGGUGCAGCGAGCGUUUGCUCUGAACUGUGGUGAAGGCGCUACAGUGAGCUACGAGCUGCAGAUUCGUGUGCUCAGAGAGUUCGGCCUGCCAGACGGGGCUGCUGAACUCCUACAGAAUCCGCACAAAUUCUUUCCCGAGGAGCGUUUUGGAGACGAGAGUCCCGUCCUGGCCCUGCGCCAGUCAGGUCGCUGCCGGGUCAAUAGUACACCAGCUGUUGAGAGCAUGUUCACAGACCUGGAGGCUCUGGUGGGCUUCCACCCCCCUCUGCCCCCACCUCCUCCACCUUACCAUCCCCCCACCACUCCGGGCCAUGGCCAGCAGCAAUUUAAAGCGGGCUGGAGACCUCGGGUCCCCAGCCAGCCUCCUUCCAGAUCUUUCUCCUACCCCUGCAAUCAUGCACUUCUUCACAGACAGGCCUCUUCCAAAAUGGGCAGCCCAGUCUAUCCUCCAGGAGCCAAGCCUCUGCCCCCAGACUGCACAAAUGCACAGGGAGGGAGGAAUCUGCAUCCUGACAAGCAAAUGAAUAUGGAGCCUGUUAUCAACGAGUUCAUGCCGGACAUCGCCAUGGGUGUUUCAGCAAUGACUCUGAAGGAGCGGCGCCUUCCAGAGGUCUCCAUGGAGGUGGAGAGUCAUGAACCUUCCCACCCUCACCUUCCCACAGCUCCUCCGAUGUCCCACAGCUACUCCAACCGUCACCCACACUCCUCCCGUAAGCGGCACGCAGCCGAACCCAAGCCAGAGGGUCCGCAGCCUGACUUCCCAGACCUCUACGAGUUUCCAGGGCGCCAUGUGCCUCCGUACAGUGGGCCAGAUCUCUACAUCCACGGGCGUCAGGCAGGCGGAGGAGCACCUCCUCCAUCCUACUCUGAGGCUUCAGAAUCGCUUCGCUUGGAUGUGCUGGAACAGCCUCCGCAAAGACUAGACUUGGCAAUUGUCUCACAAGGCAGUGUUGUGCAAGCCAUUCAGAGGCCACGGCCCAUAAACGAGACUGACCUCACCUGUGGGCUCGGCCCUUCCACAGAACAGUAUGAGGAAUGGCCCACGGGCCGACGACCCACUCCUGAGGGAAUAGGGUUGGGUUUAGGGGCAAACGUAGGGACUGGGGACGAGGGAGGGUUGGGAGCGCGAGACCGCCGAUCUCCCAAUAAACCCGAAUACCUCUACAGGAAGUCUGCUCUCUGACCCCUGAUAAAAAGAGACUGAAGACUGAUUUAAAUGCUAAGUUUAAGCUAACAGGUGAGGCACCAGCAGUCCUGCACUUUGUGUUCUUUCAAAGGCCGACAGUAUCUUGAAGUGAUGAACGCCCAUAAGCUAUGCGAGUGGCUGCUUUUCUGAUGACUGAAGAGAGAUGUCAUGUGAAACUGCUUUAGAUUGCUUUGAAACCUAGUCGAGAGUGAGGAGAGCUUGGUUUAGUUGUGCGCACACCAUGAAAAGAGGUCAGAAAUGCUAAAUGUUUUAGUCUGAGGGAUCUGAACAACCAUGGAAGUCAUUUUGGCAAACCUGCACGUUCUGGUCCUUCAAUUUUUUUGUGUUUCUUCCACAUGCUGCAGAUUAAUGUACGGAUGUUGCAGUAUAUUUCUUUUACUUCUACUUUCCCUGAAUAGACUUGGGUGACUAGAGAGAUAUAUAUUUACUUAGAUGCAUGGAUUUUGUUCCUUAGGAGUAAAUUGAAAAAAUAUGAAGGCAAUAAGUUGCAAACUCAUUACUUUGUCUAGUCCUUGACAAACGGCUCCUUCUUCUUCUGAGGGCAGAGUGGCAGUAAUAGCUCGUGUAAUCCGCCGCAUUUGCCGGCUUUUACAUUAGCCUGUGCAAUUUAAAAGCCGAGAUGGAACAUAAAAGGGAAAACAAAUGAAAUCCCCUGUCUCCUGUGAGGCAACUUAUCAGGCAUAACAAUGGCACAGAUGCACCAUUAAAUGUGAAUGGGGCUUUGUUUUACUGUUUCACAACCCAGAUCUGCAGAUUCAUUCCAGUGUGUUUUACUUUUUGAAAAAACAAACACUAUCUGUAGUAUCAAACAAAGAAAUGACACCCUCUUUUGCAUUCAGAUUCUCUUUCCAAGGCUGCAGUUGAUGCCAUUCCUGAGAGACGGCAAAUGUAGGUUGAUCCUUAUCAGCCUCGUUCUCCAGAAUUGGUCAGGAAUCUCAAUCAAACCAACCUCACGCCACAUCCUCAGUCCUCUGGUUCUGUGGGAUGGCAGCAGUCCAUGAGCACGAGUUCAUUAGCUUUUCUAUGCUAGAUCUGUCAGUAGUAGACCGACAGUUAUGAUGUCAUAAACCUGCUUUGCAAAAAAAAAAAAAAAAACGAAGAGAGAAACUUUAAAGAGAAAUAUUUAGGUUUUAUUUGCCACACAGCACUCUAAAGGGAUAGUUCAUCUAAAGGUGUGCAUUUCACCACUUGUUUUUAACUUGCACACUGCAAAAAAAGCUUUUCUUACUUAGAUUUUUUUGUCUUUCUAAUCCAAAUAUCUAAAAAUUCUUAUAUCAAGAGGCAAGCUAAACAUACUGUCUUGUUUUCAGAAAUAAUAUGCCAAUAUUAAGUGUGGUUUUCUCUAAAAAAAAAAAGAUAAAUAAUAUGCCAAUGGGGUUAGCAAAAUAAUCUUGUUUUUACUUUUGACAUGAGAUGUUUUUGCUUACAUUAUUGGUAGAUUAGUUUGCUUGUUUUAAGGAAAAGCUCACUUAAUAUUAGCAUAUUAUUUCUUAAAACAAGAUGAUAUGUUUUGCUUAUCUAGACAAUUCUUCUUGAUUUAAAUUUUUUUCGAUAUUUGGACCAGAAACAAGCCAAAAAAUCUAAGUAAGAAAAUCAGUUUUUGCAGUGUAUGAGUUUCUUCUGUUAAAUGCAAAAGAAGAUAUGUUGGAACCCAGGUGUUGAUCUAUCCAUUUGGCUAUGAGAGUAUAAAUACUAUAAAUAUAAUGUAAAUCAAUAAGGAUCAUAGAUUUGUCUGGUUACCAACGUUCUUAAAUUUCAGUUGUGUUAAGCAAAAAGCGAAUACAUGUUUGGAACAACUUGAGAGUGAGUAAAGAGUUAGUUUUAGGUGGAACUAUCCCUUUAGGAAACAAUAUCACACAUACAAACACAUUACAGCCUACCAGUUGAUGAAGUGACUUAUUUUAAGAAUUUUUAACAUCUGAAAUAUCUGUAUUCUUAAAUGUGCAAUAGUGCGGCUUUUCCUUUUUAAUUAAAUUUUUGCCAUCUUCUCCAUACAAUAAGAAGCUUUUUCAGAUCAUCACACUGACGCUGCAGAUAUGCAGGCUAGUUCAGCCAAAAAUGGCAAUUCUGUCAUCAUGUACUCACCUCAGUGUCAUUCUAAUCCUGCAUGACUGUACACAACACAAAAGAUCUGCUUUUUUCUUUAUAAUAAUUGUCAAUUGGGUCCAAAAACAACACUGUAUGGACAAAACAAAUUCCUUAAACAUUCUUCAAAAUUUCUUCUGUAUUAUACAGAAAGGCAAACAGGUUUAAAAUGACAUGAUCAUGAGAAAAUAAUAACGUAAUUAGCAUUUUUUGGUAAGCUAUCCCUUUAAGAUAAUCAACAAUAGCCUUUCCCCACAAGGGAUGGUACUGUAUUUUCACACACUGUCCAAUAUUAUUAUAUAAGCGCCUCUGGUUGUAUUAGACAGGGUGGGACCUCCGUUGAAUACCCAAACAAUCCUCAGUCAUAUCCAUCCCACACUCUUCACUUCGAGUGCUUCUUUUCUUGGAGCACAAGAAUGGUUCUUGGGUUGGUUGAAAGCACAAAUGUACUGCAAGAUACUUAGGAUGUCAUUUUAGUCCUUGUCAGAUAAAAGCGCUCAGACGUUUUAUACUCUGGUAAAAGGCUUGAGCUUUGGUUGGAUGGUCAAUCUUACUGGGUUUUUUCUUUUUUGACUGUUAAGAACCCACAGUUAGACCAAAGAUGGGAGUUUGUGUUGCUUUGUGGAAGCGUUUCGUUUCAUCUACUAGGUUUCUUUGACUCUUAGUAUGCUGAAUUGAGUAAGAUCCAUGAUAGUUACGCAGAUUCUUUGGUGACAGUGAUCACAGAAGGACCAUCUAUCAUCAGUUGAUUCUCAAUCCAGUCCUGGACUCUUUGACAUUUACAGAUGGCUUGAAGAGUUGGUGUAGGGUCAGUACUGCUGACUCUGCAGUUAAGGCCUCACCUUGGGUAACAUAGUUCUCCAUUUAAAAUCACAAGGUCUUUUGUGCCAGGGAGACACUCUGAUCAUUAUACUCUAUACCUCUGAUCAUUAUACUUUAGUCAAUUUGAAACAUUUAUCAUUAAGAGACCAGAAACAAAUUCUCAACUUAUUUUUCAGAGGUUUCUCUCCUCUUUUCGUAGACAUGCUGAUUUAUUGCAUUUACAAAUAGAGCAUAGACAAUAUUUAUGUGCAGAAAGUGAGUAAAUAUUAUGCAAGAUGGCAUACCUAAUCUACAGGUGGUCGUAAAUGUGUAAUCCACCAUCCACCCUUAGUUGUUGUUCAGUAAUAUAAGCUGCCUGAUGCAGUUGCAGUGAAACUCACUGGUCCUCCUGGACUCCUACUGCAGCCCACCUCUGAGUCAAGCCAGAAAGAGUUGUGAACCCUGAGUGGGUGAGCUCCAGUUUGCCGUCCCGCAAAGUUUCAGAGGGUCAUGUCCAAAAAUAGAUCCAGCACAGACCCUGGCUGGGAUGCAGGCAAUCUCCUCAGAGAGUGGAAGUCAGACUGAAAUGGACUGAGCUUGGUAGGAGGCCUGCUCGUCUUGUCCUCUGAAUGUCAAGGACGUAGUUUUGCAGUUCUCUCUACCACUGUUCAGAUACAUGAAGAUCCCAUCUCUAUUGCUUAAAGGAACACUCCACUUUUUAUUGGAUAUAUUUUAUAUUUUACAAGUCCUGUAUAGUUAAACAAUUGAGUUUUACCGUUUUUGAUUUUAUUCAACUGAUUUCCAGGUCUGGCAGGAGCACUUUUAGCCUUGCUAUGCAUAAAUCAGAUCAUUAGCAUCUCGCUCAAAUAAUAAUAAAAAAAAAGCUUUCCUAUUUAAAGCUUGACCUGUCUGUAGUUACAUUGUGUACUAAGAUUAACGAAAAAUUAAUACACAAACAAUCAAGGAAGUUUGCUGCCAUACCAUCACUGCAGCAGGUGUAAAGAUAUUACACAGUGUCCGAAAAUAUUCUCAAGCUAAGUAACUAGGCAAUAGCGCUGCGCAAUUUCAAGCUAAGUAACUAGUUGCUACUUUCUAGCUCAAUCAAGGAACUUAGCGGCUGGACCAUGGCUGAAGCAGGCCCAAUGACAUUUUGCAGCGCUAUUGCCUAGUUACUUAGCUUGAAACUAUUAUCGGAUGCUGUGUAAUAUCUUUACACCUGCUGCAGCCAUGGUAUGGCAGCAAACUUCCUUGAUUAUUACUCCAAAAUGAGAGUAUAGUUCCUAGCAUGUCAGCUUUUCCAUCAGUCUUCGUACACAAUGUAACUGCAGAAUCGUGAAGCUUUAAAUAGGAAUAGUAAGGAGUUAAUGAUCUAAUCUAAUCAAGGAUUUAUACAAAGCUAAGCUAAAAGUGCUCCCACCAGUCUCAGAGAUCAGCUGAACGUAUACAAAAAUGGUCAGACUCAACUGUUUAACUCUAAGUGACUUGUAAAAUUAGCUUGUUUUCAAAGGAAUUGGAGUGCUCCUUUAAAUCUUUCCAUUGAAAUAAGAUCUUGAUAAAACAUGACUUUCACAAGCUUUCGGUUCUCUCAAAAAGCAAUGCAACGCAGCCUACUUAAGCCUACCUUCCCUGACCUCAUUCUGCAGCAAAAGGAGGCUGAGCGAACUGAUUCUAUUAACCACUUUUAUUCAGAAUGCAUAAUGUUUACCCUGUAUGUGUUUCUCAGAGCAGGUGACUCACUCGCGGGUUUCCUUUCAUCUUUUGCGGAUCCUCCAGGCUUCAUGUCAACAUGACAAUGACAAUAACAAUUCAAUCCACCUGUCACAAGAGUUGCUUUACUAGUAGCUUCUUUUGAUGUGUUAGAAGCUCUUGUCAGAAGCGCAGUAGUUUAAAUUCUCAGCGUUGAGAGUUCGUAACUCAGUAUUUCCGAGCAGUGGGUACAUCAUCUUGUACCUAUGCCACUUUGAAUCAGGCCACCUGUGGUCUGACAAGCAGAGACCUCUUGCAAUGACAUGUCACGUUUAUUUCAUUUUCUCUUUUUAGUCGCACGUGAGUUCAGAUUUUUCCAGAUGACUGUUACAUGCAACUCAAGCGUUGAGUAAUUGGCAUCGGCGCUUCCUUUCGAGGCAGCUGAAAUGAGGAGAUCUGAGGUCUGUCAUGUCGUUUCAGUGAAUCCCACUCACUGCGUAACCAUGACCCAAAAUCGACAGAUGGAUAUUUAGGCCUACUGCUGCUACUCAGAGGUUUUCCUGCCAGCGGAGAACAUUAUUUCUUGACGUCAAUGCCGAUCCCAGCGAUCUAGUCCCAUGUAGACCCAGCCAUGCCUUAAUCUUAAGGAGGAAGGGGCGGGGGGUUCGGAAAACUCCUUAGAUCGCCUUCGCCUCUGCUAUACUCAGGCCAUUUUGAACUGCUAAGAAGUCAUUUAUUUCACCUUCUAAAAUCAAUCAGAUGAGAGUGCGAGGGUGGGUUCUGAUUGCCGCACACGGUUUAAGGUAUUAUUUCAUAUUUGCUGACCUCAUAAUUAAUACAUUUCUAUCACAAAUGCUAUUUGUGGUCCUUUGAGUUUAGUCCGAGUUGUGGGUUUCUUGACUUGGAAGACUCAAUUGGAAAUGCAUUUGAGCUCCCAGAUGAGAAGCUUAAGUGAAUGUAUGUUUAGUCUGUCCUGUAGAAAUCAAACUGGCAUGCUGUUUGACGUCAGAUUUUAUCGCUUUGGAGGGGAAUGAAUUUGGCCACCGUACUUGACAUCAUCUUUAAAACCCGAGGACUAAAAAGCUAAAACAGAUGAAGGUAUCCAUUGCACUAAAUGUUUGACGUAUGAUUUCUUGUGGAAUAGUGCCCUCUGUUGGCGCUGUCUGCUUUAUUUUGACUGAAAUGCCAGUAUAUUCAGUUCCAGAUUCAGACAGCCAAGUCAUUUUCUUAAACGUUCAUUCUUAAUCCUUUUAAGUAUAUUUGCAUGGCGUUGUGUUGUUUUUAUCUCCAAAGUGCUGCAAGGCUGAACUGAACGGACGGUUUGCGUUUCGGAUGACGUGUGAGGGGCAAGGGAAGUUGUGUUUGCAGACUUCGAAGUCAAGAUCUCCAGGUUCUCUCUUGUGCUAUCUCUCUUAUUGAGAAGAUUUAGUGCCUUCCCUGCCUGAGGCUGGGCUUCCUCCACACCCCUUUUGUCUUAUGCAAGCCCUUUCUACAAACCUCUGUUAAACCUUCUCUUUGUAAUACUGUAGCCAACGCUUAGUGUGCAUAAUGUUUAUUUUGUCUCUUCUUCUUUUUUCCUCAAAAAAAAAAAAGAAAAAAAAGAUAUUUUUCAAGAUUUUUGGUACCUUUGAUCACAGGCCUCAGAAAUAUGGUGUUUUGUUGUAUGUAAAAUGUAAAGUUUUUUUAUAAAUAUAUAUAAAACCUGCGAUAUCUAUUUGAGACUUUGUGUGUGUGUACGUAUAUUUCUGUAUAUAUAUAUAUAUAUAUAUACACACGCACACACACACAAAAAAAGCAUUCUUUUGUGGAGUUGUGGAAAGUGUCUAUUUUUCUAUUCUUUUCUUUGGCCGGUGUAGUUAUGAACUUUACUCUGCAAUUAGGUGACUAAUGUCUUGGAAAUAAAUAGUUUUGACUUAUAA